GAAGGCACCUGAGCCCGGCCACGGUUGAGGAGAUGCCCCAGUGUUUCUCUGGCUGUCUUUAACGGCAGGUAGUGAGUGAGACACGGAGGAGCAGAGCGGGGAGGGCUGGGAGCUGUGCUAGCUAAGUGGCUCCAGUACGAGCAGCCCUCCAGGCUCGCCCUUUUCGGUCUCUGCUCAUUAAAUUAAGCAUAAAAGCUGGGGGCUAGCUGGGCUGACAGCGGGAGAAGUGAAGGAAGGAAAAUCAGCUCAGUCCGUCAGGUUUAUUUUUAGCAAACAGAUGAGAAGUGACAGCAGCAGCAGCAGCAGCAGCAGCUUUUCCCACAGUCUCUCCCUGCUCCGGUUAUUCCUCUUCUUGCUCUCCGUCAAGCUGCCUUUGUCACCGAGCUACUCCUCGGUGUCCUGGCUCUCCUGGUGCCCUGUGUGUGAUGUUAGCUUUGCUGGUUUCUGUUUUGCGUGUUUUCCGUUGCUGGGUAAUUCUUGGCCUCCGGCUCCACAGACAGAAAUAAAUCUUCGGUCAGAGGCAAAACGGGCGAGCCGGUCUACUCUCCCGGUCACAACGGCUCUCAGGCCACGUCGCCCGCCGCCCUGCCCCCACUUCGCAACAGUAACCACCAUCAUUUGACGGGAGGCUCUAAAGUUGCGAUGUCGGACGCCGUCCAGCUGUCAUCGCAGUCGCAGGGCCACGUCACUCAGCUCUAUGAGGAGAACACCAACAAGCGCCCGGUGCUGACCUCCCAGCCCAAUGGGCUGGCUCCAAUCAGCUCGUCCCGACCGGGUUUGCCGCUGCCAGACCGGCAGACCUCGGCGUCAGAGCCUGCCCACCACCACCGCCAGAGCAGCGCAGCCUCAAACAAGUCGACGGACAACAAGCCGAAGGUCAACCCCAUGACCCCGGAGCAGGCCAUGAAGCAGUUCAUGUCCAAAAUUUCGUCAUUCGAGCACCACGAGGUGUUCAGCUACCCCGAGGUGUAUUUUGUUGGCCAGAAUGCCAAGAAGAGGCAGGGGGUCAUCGGUGGAGCCAACAACGGGGGCUAUGACGAUGAUCAGGGGUCUUACAUCCACGUACCACAUGACCACAUCGCAUAUCGCUACGAAGUCUUGAAGGUCAUCGGCAAGGGCAGCUUUGGACAGGUGGUGAAGGCCUUCGACCACAAGACUCAGACCCACGUGGCUCUGAAGAUGGUCCGCAACGAGAAGCGCUUCCACCGGCAGGCGGCAGAGGAGAUCCGCAUCCUGGAGCACCUGAAGAAGCAGGACAAGGAUUCGAGCAUGAACGUCAUCCACAUGCUGGAGAACUUCACCUUUCGAAACCACAUCUGCAUGACCUUCGAGCUCCUCAGCAUGAACCUGUACGAGCUCAUCAAGAAGAACAAGUUUCAGGGCUUCAGCCUCCCGCUGGUCAGGAAGUUUGCCCACUCCAUCCUGCAGUGUCUGGAUGCGCUGCACAAGAACCGCAUCAUCCACUGCGAUCUCAAGCCCGAGAACAUUUUACUGAAACAGCAGGGACGCAGCGGCAUCAAGGUCAUAGACUUUGGUUCCAGCUGUUAUGAACAUCAGAGGGUUUACACCUACAUCCAGUCCAGGUUCUACAGAGCACCGGAGGUUAUUCUGGGCUCCAGGUAUGGGAUGCCCAUCGACAUGUGGUCUCUGGGCUGUAUCCUUGCCGAGCUGCUCACCGGUUACCCCCUGCUGCCGGGUGAAGAUGAGGCUGACCAGCUUGCCUGCAUCAUCGAACUCCUGGGAAUGCCCAGUCAGAAGCUCCUUGACGGCUCCAAGAGAGCGAAAAACUUUGUGUCAUCUAAAGGCUACCCACGGUACUGCACCGUGACCACGCUACCUGACGGCACCACAGUGCUGAACAGCGGGCGCUCGCGGCGGGGAAAAAUGCGCGGCCCCCCGGGCAGUAAGGACUGGAGCACGGCGCUGAAGGGCUGCGAUGACGCGCACUUCAUCGACUUCCUCAAACAGUGUCUAGAGUGGGACCCGGCACUCAGGAUCACUCCCAAUCAUGCGCUUCGGCACCCGUGGCUGAGGAGGCGGCUUCCAAAGCCUCCGUCAGGAACCACAGCAGGAGAAAAGACCUCAUCGUCCAAACGUGGCACGACCACCACUGAUGGCGCCAUCACCUCCAUCUCAAAACUCACCACCACCUCAACCACCACGUCGUCCUCCUCAAAAACCAGGACUAACUUAGCAGCUAUUACGGACGCCAACGGAAACAUCCAGCCGAGGACAGUGCUGCCCAAACUGGUCAGCUGAGAGUGAAUGCACCCCACUCGCUGCGGGGAGGACGGCAAACCAGCCAGAACUGAAUAAAAUGGUUUCGUCCAGUUCGACAAACGUUUGGUUUUUCAGCGUUGUUGGGGUGCGUUCAGAAUAAACACGACAUGGAAAUGAGCGGAUUGGCUAUUCCGCUGCACAAAACUCAAUUAGAUGAACUUGCUUGCGUUCAGGAACGCCUCAAAUCCUCAGUUUUACAUUUUGAGCAGCAAGACACGAAGUGACUGCACUUUGUUUGGACCCGACUGCGGCGCCACUCAGACAAUCAGAACUCACUAUACCGCUCUGUAGCUCCAAACUCAAACACAUCAACAACAUGGUGCUGACGGGGGAACAAGGCUGUUUUUAAAGUGUUUUUAGUACAGAAUCUUUUUAGCUGGUUUGAUUAAUCAAUUUAAUAACUUCAGUCUUACAAGGUUAUAUCCAAACACAAGGCCCUACAAUGAAGGAGGUUUAUGUGGUUAACUGACAGUUAAGUUUGAUAUAUCCUUUUAAUUCUAAAGGUAUAGUUGUGCAGUGAUUAGCUUUCUAGUCUUUGUUUUAUGUCAGAGUGAAAAAACGUUUGGUUUCAGUUAGGGGUAGAUUGGUGGUGUUUGUUAAAAGCCUAGCAGAACCACCUCCCUGCUAGGUGGCUAACUUUGUUAGUUAGCUUUUGUUUUACAGCGUAGCUAGCCUUUUUUUACCGUGCUAGCAUAGUGCCUGUCAGCUGGCUAACUGCUAGCUGGCACUGGUUGUUGUUAGACAGCUACAUGUUUCUUACCUGUCCCUUUGCUGGCUAGGGUUAGCUUAGCGAACUUUAAAUCUGUCAGCUAGCUAUAGCUGGCUCCAUGUUUGCCUUUUUUGGCAGUCUGGCAGCUAGCCUUAGCCUGUUUUUAGCCAUAGCUCGUUAGCUCUUCACUGCCCAGCCUUACGAAGCACAGACAGAAUGAAAUUUUUUUUUAAUAUCUACACUUUGUUUUUUGAUGGGGAUAAAAUAAUGCCUGAAAAGAAGAAUGUUUGAAGUAAACAAGCACCAGUUUUUUCCUUUUGUAAUGAAUCAAAACUGAGCACUGAGGGCACGAAAUGGGGUUUGAGGGAUUACCACAGAGGAGCUGGUUUAAUAGUCACGUUAUAAACUUUAAAUCAAAGACCAUGGAUUAAAAAAAAAUAGAUUUAAUGUUGUAAACCAAAGGGGACAGUGAAGAAUUUUCUUAAAUAGCCAUUUUAAAUAGUAUUUAAUAAUAAUUUGUUAUUGUACAAAGAAAAUAAAAGAUGAUUGUUAACCGUUAAGCGGUAGACGUUUCACCUGAGCCCAGAAAAAAAAGUUCUAAUCGAAAAUUAACUUGUACACAAAUCCUCAUGAGCAACAAAAUGGGUGUGAGCAACUUUAUUUGAUUUUCAGAAUACUAUAGGUUUACUGAGCUCCAUUGGUUUUUCUCAAAUUAUGGCAAGGUUGUUUCAAAUCACAGCCUUUAGAGCCAUUUGGAGCAUGAUAUGUAGUGAAUACCCUUUGUUUAAAAAUGGAACAAAGAGAAUAUUUAAGGAGCAUCUACAUCGGGAUGGAUCGAGCAAUAACGCCUAAAGUUCAACUUUUUUUUUUUUUUUUACUUGCGACAGUCAGUGAGUGAUUAAAGGUGAAUACCAAUGGGACCUAAGCAUGGUGAGCCACUGCGUCUGGCCCUGAAUGACGUGGUAAAAUUACAGAUCAAUUUAGAUGAUUAUUGAUUAUAUAGAUCUAAAAAGAAGUACAUUUGUUGAUACGUGGAUCAGAGUUCAUUAUUGAAAAAAUUAUAAUGGGACGGGAAAUGAUUUUUAUUUAUUUGCGACACGUUAAUAUUUAUUAAUCUAAUCUAUGUACUACGUGCAGUUUAUACUGUAUACUUGAAUGUGUGUGUGCUAGUUGUAUGUACUAGUGCGUGUAUGCGCGUUCGCAGUAUAAAGGUUUUUUUUUGUUUUUGUUUUUUUUUUUAAAGCUUGUUCCCUCAACCCUGCAUACACACACACACACACACACACACACACACACAGCUGUAUCUGAACGCACUCUAAAACUUAGGAGGAUGACGACUAGGAGAAAAGCUGGCCCACAGUUGGCCGUGUGUGCCAUCGGCCUGGUGAUGUAAUGUAGCACGCAGGAAGCGGACGAUGAUGCCGCGAUGCUCAGAAGGAACAAAAACACACAGACACUACCUGCUCCACCCAUCUCAGGGGAAGCUUUGCCCCCCUUCUGGAGGAGGAAGAGGAGGAUAAAGACGGGGGGUCCUCUCUGAUGUUUGUUUUUUCCGAGGACUUGAUUGGUUUAGUUUUUGUUUGUUUGUUUGUUUAAUUCAGUGAGAUGAAGUGCAGAGAGUCGUAACUGUGUGCCUUCAGUAUCUCAUUGCCAUGUCACACCCACCGCUCACACACACACACACAUAUUCUUAAAGAGGUGAUGUCAUGGCAUCAACAACAAAAAUGAACAACAAAACCUCCCAGGAAGUCUGUCAGCAACCUUUGGUGACACUCACACCAGCAUGGUGACAUUUAAUGGCUUAGCCUGGAAGCUGAUCAGUUCCUGUUUUUUUUUUUUUGUUUUUUUUUUGUUUGUUUUGUUUUUUUCAGUAAAGCCCAAAGACACCUUGUGAACCCAUGUGACCUUUGACCUCUAAACCCCAGCUUGUCUUCACUGAUCUGAUACAAUGGUUUUGUGGUCAGUGGAGACUCAAACACACGUCUUUAGCACAGUUUACAGAGCAAACAAUAGUGCAGCAGAAAGCUCAAACUCUGGAUACAAACACCAAAACGUCCACAUUUGACCCUGUGGAGGUGUUCUUGUGAAAAAUCAGUCCGGCUUUCAUUUCCAUCUAGGAAAACAGCUGUUUUGCUCAAAUCUCAAGCCCUGGAUACAUUUUAGAGGUUUUACUCUUGAUUCUUACCGGUAAUUCUUUUGACUGUAAGCAAGUCAGAUUUAUAGCUUUCUGAAUAGUCACUCUGAGUCUUGACCCACUAUAAAUGGCAAACUUCCUGCCAUAGGUGAGACCAUAUGGGGCCUGGAGUUGUGAAUGAAUCAAAAAACUAUGUACUAAUCCUAAAUGAGUACACGUGCCACCAUAUUUCAGUACUUGUAUCCACCUGUGAAUGGUUCUCCUGUUAUUGCUAUCUGCUGCAUUACAGAACAUGCCAACUUACCAGCCAAAGUAGCUUUAAGCUGACCUGUACCGACAUCCACAGGUGUGUUUGUGUGUAUGUGUGUGUGAUAAGAUGAUUUUUUUGAGGGGGGGCAGGGGGUGUAUAACAUGGCUGCACAAUGUAUAGACACAUAUCAGCCCACUGUCGCCAUGUGUCCCCGUGGUACAGACCGGUGACACCUGCUGACGAUAGGGCUAAGCUAACACUAGCCGUUCGACUGCUAGCGCCCGGCCGCUAGCUGCUGCACUGACGUUUGUUUUCUUUGCAGUGAUGCUAACACUAGCCUACUGCUAAAUAAAUGCUGGUAGCACGUUUUUACCUGCUAGCGUUGAGCUCUGCACAGAAGUUGCUUGUGCAAGCUGUUAGCAUUAGCAUUAAUGUGGUUUUAAAGGUGUGGGGUUUUUUUUAAUUUUAAAUAUUUGUACCUCAGAUCGCUCAGUUAUUAUUAUUAUUAUUAUUAUUAUUAUUAUUAUUAUUAUUAUUAUUAUUAUAACCGCUGUCAAUGUUGUGACUAACACCCAGGGCAUUUGGUUGACUCUACCAAAGUGCAUUCCUUUACAAAGCUAGCUCAGAGCUAGCUGCUCAGAUAGACACGCAGGUAGGUAGACAGGAAGUAUGAAAGAAUGCAAAGGGAAAGUGGACAGAAAGGCAAUCGAGUGAGAAGCAGCCGUUGUCAUUGAGAUCAAAAGAGCAUGAAUUGCAAUGUUUUGUUUGGUUUUUAUUUUGUUGUCUGGCUGCAGUCACACUCAUGAUGUUUGAUUUAAAUAACCUCCAGUAGCAUUCAGUUGGGUGUUUUGUUUGAUUUUUUUUUUUUUUUUUUUUUUUUUUUUUUUUUUUUUUGGGGGGGACAGCAACUAUAGCCUGGCUAUCUUGCUAGCUCAAUGCUUCACUAGCCAGUUAAUGUACAAUCCCAUUAGCCAUUUAGGUUCUCUUCGGGAGUCUUUCCAGCCAGAGGUUAGCGGCUGAUAGCGUGAAGCUGCGCUGUAUUUCUGUGAUAUUUGCCAGCUGGUUUUUAUUGUGGAUUUUAUCUGUAAAUAAUGUGCAAAGUGUUUGAAUAAUACAGUUUUUUUGGGGGGGGGAUUAAAUGCGCUGAUGUGCCACGCCGCGGCCAGUUUUACAACGUACUGUAUGUACUGUACAGAACACAGAAGUUGACUUUUCUAGUGAGCCUUUGUUAAAUUUUAUUGUGGUGCAAGAAAAGGAUUAUUAAUAAAACAGUUUUAUUGUUCA